AUGGCCUGGGGCUCGGCGCUGCCGCGACGCACGCCCAUCUGCGCCCCCGCCGUCUGGGCGGCCGUCGCGUUCCUGCUCUCCGUACCCUGGAUCUCAGGUGAAUUGGAGGUGCCGGAUCCUGUUGACCCUUUGGGACCACUGGAGGGCCAGGAUGGCCCCAUGCCAACUCUGAAAGGUUACUUUCUGAAUUUCCUGGAGCCCGUCAACAACAUCACCAUCGUCCAAGGCCAGACAGCCAUUCUGCACUGCAAGGUGGUAGGGAACCCGCCCCCCAAUGUGCGAUGGCUGAAGAACGACGCCCCCGUGGUGCAGGAACCACGACGCAUCAUCAUUCGCAAGACGGAGUACGGUUCUCGGCUCCGCAUCCAGGACCUGGACACCACUGAUACGGGCUACUACCAGUGCGUGGCCACCAACGGGGUAAAGACCAUUACCGCCACGGGGGUCCUGUACGUGCGCCUUGGUCCGACGCACAGCCCAAAUCAUAACUUCCAGGAUGACUACCACGAGGACGGCUUCUGCCAGCCUUACCGGGGCAUCGCCUGUGCACGCUUCAUCGGGAACAGGACCAUCUAUGUGGACUCUCUGCAGAUGCAAGGAGAGAUUGAAAACCGAAUCACAGCGGCCUUCACCAUGAUCGGCACGUCCACGCACCUGUCGGACCAGUGCUCACAGUUCGCCAUCCCAUCCUUCUGCCAUUUUGUGUUCCCGCUGUGCGACGCGCGCUCCCGGGCACCCAAACCGCGGGAGCUGUGCCGCGACGAGUGCGAGGUGCUGGAGAGCGACCUGUGCCGCCAAGAGUACACCAUCGCGCGCUCCAACCCGCUCAUCCUCAUGCGCCUGCAGCUGCCCAAGUGCGAGGCCCUGCCGCUGCCCGACAGCCCCGAUGCUGCCAACUGCAUGCGCAUCGGCAUUCCUGCAGAGAGGCUGGGCCGCUACCAUCAAUGUUACAACGGCUCAGGGGCCGACUACAGAGGAACUGCCAGCACCACCAAGUCAGGGCACCAGUGCCAGCCUUGGGCCCUGCAGCACCCUCACAGCCACCACCUGUCCAGCACCGACUUCCCAGAGCUUGGAGGGGGCCAUGCCUACUGCCGGAACCCCGGAGGCCAGAUGGAAGGCCCCUGGUGCUUUACGCAGAAUAAAAACGUACGCAUGGAACUGUGUGACGUACCCUCGUGUAGUCCCCGGGACAGCAGCAAGAUGGGCAUCCUCUACAUCCUGGUCCCAAGCAUCACCAUCCCCUUGGUCAUCGCCUGCCUCUUCUUCUUGGUCUGUAUGUGCCGGAACAAGCAGAAGGCUUCCACGUCCGCCCCACAGCGCCGCCAGCUGAUGGCCUCGCCCAGCCAGGACAUGGAGAUGCCCCUCAUCAACCAACACAAGCAGGCCAAGCUCAAAGAGAUCAGCUUGUCCACAGUGAGGUUCAUGGAGGAACUGGGCGAGGACCGUUUCGGCAAGGUCUACAAGGGCCACCUGUUCGGGGCCACCCCAGGGGAGCAGACCCAGGCAGUGGCCAUCAAGACGCUGAAGGACAAGGCAGAGGGGCCGCUGCGGGAGGAGUUCCGGCUGGAAGCCAUGCUGCGGGCACGGCUGCAGCACCCCAAUGUGGUGUGCCUGCUGGGCGUGGUGACCAAGGAGCAGCCUCUAAGCAUGAUCUUCAACUACUGCCCGCACGGCGACCUGCAUGAGUUCUUGGUGAUGCGUUCACCGCACUCGGACGUGGGCAGCACCGACGAUGACCGCACGGUCAAGUCUGCCCUGGAACCCCCCGACUUUGUGCACGUCGUGGCACAGAUCGCCGCGGGCAUGGAGUAUCUGUCCAGCCAUCACGUGGUGCACAAGGACCUGGCCACCCGCAACGUGCUGGUGUACGACAAACUGGCUGUGAAGAUCUCAGACCUGGGCCUCUUCCGCGAGGUGUACUCCGCCGACUAUUACAAGCUGAUGGGCAACUCGCUGCUGCCCAUCCGCUGGAUGUCCCCUGAGGCCAUCAUGUACGGCAAGUUCUCUGUUGACUCGGAUAUCUGGUCCUACGGCGUGGUCCUGUGGGAAGUCUUCAGCUACGGCCUGCAGCCUUACUGCGGCUACUCUAACCAGGACGUGGUGGAGAUGAUUCGGAACCGGCAGGUGCUGCCCUGCCCGGAUGACUGCCCGGCCUGGGUGUACGCCCUCAUGAUUGAGUGCUGGAAUGAGUUCCCCAGCCGGAGGCCCCGUUUCAAGGACAUCCACAGCCGGCUGCGGGCCUGGGGCAAUGUCUCCGGCUAUCACAGCUCGGCGCAGACCUCUGGGGCCAGCAACACCACACAGACCAGCUCCCUGAGCACCAGUCCCGUGAGCAAUGUGAGCAACGCUCGCUACCUGGGGCCCAAGCAGAAAGCCCAGCCCUUCCCGCAGCCCCAGCUCAUCCCCAUGAAGGGCCAGAUCAGACCCAUGGUGCCCCCGCCCCAGCUCUACAUCCCUGUCAAUGGCUAUCAGCCCGUGCCUGCCUAUGGCGCCUACCUGCCCAACUUCUAUCCAGUUCAGAUUCCCAUGCAGAUGGCACCACAGCAGGUGCCCCCACAGAUGGUCCCCAAGCCCAGCUCACACCACAGUGGUAGCGGUUCCACCAGCACGGGGUAUGUCACCACAGCCCCCUCCAACACAUCUGUGGCUGACAGAGCGGCCCUGCUCUCGGAGGGCACGGAGGACACACAGAAUGUUCCAGAAGACGUGGCCCAGAGCCCCGUGCUAGAGGCCGAGGAGGAGGAGGAGGAAGGCUCUGUUCCAGAGACUGAGCUCCUGGGAGACAACGACACUGUGCAGAUGGACGAGGCCCAGGUCCAGCUGGAAGCCUGAAGGGGCCCGGGCGGAGACCUUGUCUGCCUCUGGGAAGACCAGACGCAGCAGUCCCAAGCCCAGGAACCGUGGGCUGGCGUGCAGGCUGGAUGGUGUGAACUGCGCCCGUCCUUUCCUGUCCCCUCUGAGCUGCUGUGGCCGUCC